GGCCCGCCCAGGUCCCGGAGGCCGCGGGGGCGAGAGCGCUGCCCCUCGGCUUCCUGGCAGGCGGGCGUCUGCGGCGUCCGGGACAUGCUGCCCGAGUGCCUGUCCGCGGAGGGCGAGCGGCGCUGUCGGCGGCUGCUGGCGGAGGCCACGGCCCGGCUCCGCGCGCGGCCCGCGUCAGCCGCUGUGCUCGUGCCGCUCUGCUCCGUGCGCGGGGUCCCGGCGCUGCUUUACACGCUGCGGUCCAGCCGCCUGGCCGGGAGGCACAAGGGGGACGUCAGUUUCCCAGGAGGCAAGUGUGAGGCGGCUGACCAGGACGUGGUGCACACAGCCCUGCGGGAGACCCGGGAGGAGCUGGGCCUGGCUGUGCCUGAGGAGCAGGUGUGGGGCACACUGAGGCCUGUGUAUGACACGCAAAAGGCCACCGUGGUGCCAGUGCUUGCUGGUGUGGGCCCACUGGAUCUCCAGAGCCUCAGGCCCAACCCUAAGGAGGUGGAUGAGGUGUUUGUGCUGCCCGUGGCCCACCUGCUGCAGACACAGAAUCAGGGCUAUACUCACUUCUGCCGGGGCGGCCACUUCAGCUACACACUCCCUGUCUUCCUGAAUGGACCACACCGGGUCUGGGGGCUCACGGCUGUCAUCACCGAGCUCACCCUGCAGCUACUGGCACCUGGCACCUACCAGCCCCGCCUGGCCAUCCCUGAGCUGUGCAGGGCUGAGGCCAGCCCCUAAGUGGCCCAGCCUCUGCCUUCACCCUGCUGGGCUGGCUCCACUCUAAGACUGAAUAAAGGGCCUGUACUCUGGUGUCCACUGCAGCAUCACUCACGGUAGCCAAGAGAUGGAAGCAGCCUGGGCGCCCAGCAUCGGAAGACUGGACAAAGAAAAUGUGGAGGACAUACACAAAGGAGUACUAUACAGCCUUUAAAAAGAAGGAAACUCCGUCAUUUGUGACAACAUGGAGGACA